UUUCGUUGCUACGAUGUGAAGAUUCCGGGCAAGGCGCUUUCAGUUGCAUUCCCAUGGAUCCCCAAUUCCUUCUGCUCCUCCACAACAUAGAUCGGUGACAGAACUGCUUGCUGAGCAGCAGGAUCGAGCGGACGUGGGGCAGCCAGGCGGCACGCGCACAGGCGCAGCGGCGGCGAGUGCACGGGGAGCAACGCCGUGGAUCUCGGCGAUGCUUUGCGGGCUUGCGUGAAGGGCGUGCGCAAACGAGCUGAGGCGUCCGAUUCCCUGCGCCUGGGCCUGAGCUCGGUUGCCUGAGCCAGGCAGCGCGGACCGGCGGCGAUGAGCGGCAGCGGUGGAGGAGUCGGCGGCGGUGCCGGCGGGAGCCCCAACAACACGGAGUGGCGCUUCAAUCAGACUCUCCGCAACGUGCAAGGCAUGCUCAAAGGACGCAGCUUUCCCGGAAAGGUUUUGCUAACCCGGCGAUCUGAGCCUCUUUCCCCUCCUGAUUAUUCUCCAAGAUUUGAGAGUGAGCAUGAUGAAGAUGAGCGCAAGGAAGGUUCACAGGAGGGAGAAGGCCAAGCACCUGGAAGCUCAUUUGACAAUGCAAGUGCAAAGAAAUCAAAUAUUCUGUCAACAAGUAGCUCAAAUUCAUUACCAGAUGCCCAAGGGCUAGUUUCUGGGGCUAGAGCUACAGAUUCUGCAAGAAUCGAUAAAUUCACAAAAGAACUCUCUAGGCCAGCUGUUAUAUUAGACAAUUUGCGUGAAUUAUCUUGGAGCGGUGUGCCACCAUAUAUGCGACCUAAUGUAUGGAGGCUUCUUUUGGGAUAUGCACCACCUAAUAAAGAUAGACGAGAAGGUGUUCUAACAAGAAAAAGACUAGAGUAUGUGGAAUGUGUUUCUCAAUACUACAAUAUCCCGGAUAGUGAACGCUCGGAUGAAGAAAUUACUAUGCUUCGCCAGAUCGCAGUUGAUUGCCCAAGAACUGUACCUGAUGUUACCUUUUUUCAGAAUCCUCAAAUUCAGAAAUCUCUCGAGCGCAUUUUAUAUACAUGGGCUAUUCGUCACCCAGCAAGCGGCUACGUCCAAGGAAUAAAUGACCUUGUCACACCAUUCUUGGUCGUGUUCUUAUCUGAGCACCUAGAGGGCAACAUGGACAGUUGGUCUAUGGACAAUCUUUCGGCACAGGAUAUUUCUAACAUAGAAGCAGACUGCUAUUGGUGUCUCUCGAAGUUUCUUGAUGGAAUGCAGGAUCAUUACACCUUUGCACAACCAGGAAUUCAGCGUCUUGUUUUUAGAUUGAAGGAACUAGUUCGUCGUAUAGAUGAACCUGUAUCCAAGCACAUUGAAGAAGAAGGACUAGAGUUUCUUCAAUUUGCCUUCCGUUGGUUCAACUGCCUUCUGAUACGGGAGAUACCUUUUCAUCUUGUCACACGCCUGUGGGAUACAUAUCUUGCUGAAGGAGAUUAUCUGCCAGAUUUUCUUGUGUACAUCUCGGCUAGUUUUUUGUUAACUUGGUCGGACAAGCUGCAGAAACUGGAUUUUCAGGAAAUGGUGAUGUUCCUUCAGCACCUUCCCACAAGGACCUGGGCGCACCACGAGCUUGAGAUGGUCCUCUCCAGGGCUUACAUGUGGCACACGAUGUUCAAAAGCUCUCCCAGCCACCUUGCCAGCUAGGAACGUGUUCCGUGCCUGUAAGAAGCAACGGGCCUCAUGUUCCUGCCUUGGAGUUGUUAUAUAUCUCCGUGCUAGCGCUUUUGGGUCUAUUUUUGUCAAGCACAUGCUAUUGGUUGUAUUGCUCCGAUUUGUAUAUUUUACUGAGGAAUCGAGAUUUGUGAUGGAAAUCGAAGAAGAAUAGUAGCCAUUGUAUUGUUUGCCACUUUGGUAGCUUGAGGGUUUCCUCUUUGUACCUGAUAGGCUGAUACACACACAGUUAUUCCAACAAUACGAGAUGCUUCUUCCUUUUUUCUGGCCA